CCGCGCGAAGACAAAGAUGGCCCGUACAAAGCAGACGGCUCGCAAGUCGACUGGCGGGAAGGCGCCUCGCAAGCAGCUGGCGACCAAAGCCGCCCGGAAGAGCGCGCCGGCCACGGGCGGAGUGAAGAAGCCUCACCGCUACCGGCCGGGCACCGUGGCGCUGCGCGAGAUCCGCCGCUACCAGAAGUCGACGGAGCUGCUGAUCCGCAAGCUGCCUUUCCAGCGCCUGGUGCGCGAGAUCGCGCAGGACUUCAAGACGGACCUGCGCUUCCAGAGCUCGGCCGUGAUGGCUCUGCAGGAGGCGAGCGAGGCUUACCUGGUGGGCCUCUUCGAGGACACGAACCUGUGCGCCAUCCACGCCAAGCGCGUCACUAUCAUGCCCAAGGACAUCCAGCUCGCCAGGCGCAUCCGCGGAGAGAGGGCCUGAGAAGCGCCCGCCUGCGUCCCCAGAACACGAAUCCUGUUUCACCACAAAGGCUCUUUUAAGAGCCACCACAUGGUCUUGGAAAAGAGCUCGCACGAUGCUAAAUUAUCUCUUGCCGCUGCCGAAUAUAUGUUCGAUUCUUAAUCUU